GGGGAAUCAGGCGCAGGCAAAACCGAGAACACAAAGAGAAUAAUCGAAUAUGUGCUAGAAUGCUGUGGUUGUGCACCAAGUAGUUCGAAGCAGCAACACUUAAGCAAUGGAUUUUCGAAUGGGCUUGUGAAGAACGAAAGUUUGGUGGGAAGCGAUGUUGUCUCGUCUGGUGUUCUGUUAGAAGCGUUUGGAAAUGCGAGAACUACACACAACAACAACAGUUCGCGAUUUGUGGGUGUUUUGAGACUACACAGCUUGUGUCCUGCAUAUAAAAAAUCUUUUUUGGUAAGUUUAUCAGAAUUGAAUUUGAUGAACAAGGAAGAUCUCCUCGAAAAAUCUCGUGUUGUCAGUCAAAAUCGAGGAAACAGGAAUUUCCAUGUGUUCUAUCAACUAUUGUCGAAUGCAUUUUCAAAAGAAAUGCGUCAUGAGCUUUUGCUGACAAAAACAGCGGACCAGUAUAAAUUCUUAAAUCAAGGAAACGUAUCAUUUGAUAGGGAAAUCAAUGAUGCAGAAAAUGGAGUACUAACCAAUGUGAGUUUAUUAGUCAAGUUCGUUUGAAG